AAACAAAGCAGCAGAACUGGCUUUAGGUCCAGGGUUUAAUUUGAAGGGCCUUUAGUCUAUGGAUACCCAUGUUUCUCUUCAGCCCUCAGACAGGUUUACAGGCUUGUUUUUCAAGUUCUACCAAAAGUCUAUUCUGCGUUCCAGAUAAACUAGCCGCGUUGGUAGGAAAACCACUAGCACCCGGAAAUGCGCCACUUUCUUCGGGUUCCCAUAACAAGUCAAAGCCACCGGCAAGUUGGAAUGUGACUUAUCAGUUCAGAGACCGGUGUAAGAGUGGCUCGACAGGGCAACAUACGACCAUUUAGGCUACCUUUGGGCAGAAUCAGAGAUGGCCAGCCAGAGCGAGGUGAUUGACAGGUUGAGAGCUACUUUCCGGUCAGGCGUGACCUUUCCAGAGCAGUUCCGUAUGACCCAGCUCCAGAGCCUUCUCUCCCUGGUCGAAGAAAACGAGCAGCUGAUACAAGAUGCUCUCCACAAGGACCUCCAUAAGCCCAAGUUUGAGACGGUCCUGUCAGAGAUUCAGAUAACCCUGAAUGACCUGUACUUCGCCAUGGAACACCUCAGGACCUGGAUGCAGCCGGAAUACAACAUUGGCAAGAAUCUGGCCACUAGGAUGGAUGACUGUUUCAUACGCAGGGAACCCUUGGGGGUAGUUUUAAUCAUCGGGGCGUGGAACUACCCUCUCCAUCUUAUUCUCUUACCUUUGGUUGCUGCAAUUGCUGCAGGAAACUGUGCCAUUCUGAAGCCGUCAGAGAUCUGUCAGGCCACCGAGCAACUCCUGGCAGAACUCAUCCCCAAAUACCUGUCUCAGGACUGCUAUGCAGUACUAUGUGGUGGAGCAGAGGACACCAAGUCAUUGCUGAAGAAUAAAUUUGACCACAUCUUCUACACAGGUUCCCAGGUGGUGGCCCGCUCCAUCCUGCUAGCGGCGGCGCCUCACCUGACCCCCGUCACCCUGGAGCUGGGUGGCAAGAGCCCCUGCUUCAUCUAUGGCCAUAUUGACAUCCAGAAGGCCGCCAAGCGCCUGUGCUGGUCCAAGUUCUUCAACACUGGCCAGAGCUGUGUGGCACCCGACUACGUCCUCUGCACAGCCCAGACCCGGGAUGCCCUGCUGCCCGCUCUCCGGGAGACCCUGCGGACCUUCUACGGGCCGGACCCCGGAGCGAGCCUGGACAUGGGGCGCAUAGUCACCCCACGCCACUGGAGACGCCUGAUGGACAUGCUGGAGAAGUCCAAGGGGAAGGUGGUGAUCGGAGGGGAGAGCCGCGAGGAGGACAGGUAUAUUGCUCCCACAGUGCUGGUAGACGUACAGGAGUCUGAUGCUCUAAUGCAGGAGGAGAUCUUUGGCCCCAUCUUGCCCAUCCUAACCAUAGAGUCUCUGGAGGAGGGCAUAGACUACAUCAACCGCCAAGAGAAACCCCUGGCCCUCUACGUCUUCUCUGACGAGACCUCGGUGGUGACCACAGUGUUGAACAACACCAGUAGUGGUGGUUUCUGCGGCAAUGAUGGUAUAGUACACAUGGCCUUGCCAGGCCUGCCCUUUGGAGGAGUAGGUGCCAGUGGGAUGGGUAGCUACCACGGCCGCUGGGGCUUUGAGACAUUCAGCCACAGGCGGGGCUGUAUGAACCGGAGCUGGUUGCUGGAGAGGGUCAACGUCCUGCGCUACCCGCCCUACAGCGACUACAACCUGGGCUGGUUGCGCUGGGCCACCACCUUCAAGAAGAACAGCUGGGGAGGCUGCUCAGUCAUGUGAGAGUGGCACCCGGUGCGUGCCUGACUGUACUUCCAAAGCCGAUGGGCUUUUCUUAAAGGUCCAAUGCAGCCGUUUUUAUCUCAAUGUCAAAUCAUUUUGGGGUAACAAUUAAGUACCUUACUGUGAUUGUUUUCAAUUAAAAUGACCAACAAGUAACAUCUUCUUAGCAAAGAGCAAUUUCUCAAGCAACAAUUUAGCUAGGACUGCCUGGGAGUGGUCUGGGUGGGGAGGGGAAAACUAGCUGUUGUUGGCAGAGAGGUUUGGAUCUCUUAUUGGUCUAUUAACUAAUUUACCACCUGGAGUUGUCACCAGGCAUUCCAAGAGUCCCUUCCCACCUAAACGGGCUGAAAUUUCAUGCGUUUUUUAAAAAACUGCUCUUACACUAAAAGGAUAUUAUAAUUUUUCACAGUAUUAUUCCUACAUCAUAGUGUGGAAAUGUAUAAAACAAAGAAAUUAUUUUUUUGACUGCACUGGGCCUUUAAAGUAUCUGUACAGUGGUCCAGAUUUCUAUUAAAUAAUUUGCCUAAAAUUUAAAAAAUACAUAAGGAUGUUAAAAAACAGCUUUUCUCUGUGGCCUGAUUGGAAACAGUGGUUGGGUGUAUACUGGUAAACGAAAAAAAGCUGACAUGCCAGCUAAUUCAGUGAGAUGCACAAACACUUGGAUAUUCAAAUUGGCUACCAACUCCAUGUGGCUAGCACACUUGCCUUCUUUUUGGGGGGGCCUUGGCUGUGUAUACAUUGCCUGCCCUGUCCGCUAAGAAUCCAGAUCACGUUCUGCACAUGUUAUUUUAAGCACACUACAUAACUGCUGCUCACACUCCCCUUCCUUUAUGUUUCUCUUUACUCACCCUCUUCUGAACUAUGAUGAUGGUGCCUAUCUCUGCCUUAUGUUUCUGAACAGCUGAAAUAAAAUAAAAACUGCUGCAAUUUGA